AUGACAUUCCGUGCUUACCAAGCAGGUGAAGUGCCAAGUCCUCUCAGAAAGCAAAUUUAUAACGAGAACGCGACACCAAACCGCCAACGAUGUGAGAUGUGGAUUACUUCUUUCCUUCUUGUGCUAUUAAUUUCAUUCGAAGCUUUGCCAAUUGAUCUGGCAUCGUCGAGGAAGAAUCCUCUGCAACUUCCGUCAAAAGAGACCACCAAACAGAGAGUGAAUAUUGGACUUGUCUAUCAGCACUAUGCGAAUCGAUCUAAAGCCUACGACAAAGCCUUUAAGGAGGUGAUCCGUAAAAUCAAUGAUGGAACUUCAAUAUCUUCGUUGCGACGUCUUGCAUCAAAGUACACAUUUGGAGCAGUGGAUUGCAUAUUGCCGACGGGCAUGUUCCUUGUCAGCGAUGUACUCAACUGCAUUUGUGGAACGCUGGUUAAAAACAAGGUAGCGUUGAUCAUCUUCGUGACGGCAUCGGAAACCUAUGAUACAACGACGGCUGCGGAGCAGUAUUUUCUAACGCUAGCUGGAUAUACAGGAAUUCCGGUAAUCGCAUGGAAUGCUGAUAACUCUGGUUUUACUUUUGGAAAGGAUUUGACGCCAUAUAGAAUAAUUCAAAUGGCUCCACCUAUAGAACAUCAAAUAAGAGCGAUGAUCGCUCUCCUCCAGAGGUACAGUUGGUCAAAAUUCGGAGUCGUUUGCUCAGAAAUGGCGGGCUCCUCGGAAUUCAUCAAGAGCGUUCUUCACGAAAUCGCUGAUGCUAGUAACAAAUCUGCGAAAUUCGAAAUCAUGUUCCACAGUCAAUUGGAUACCUCAAAUUUAACAGAUGUCGACACGCAGCUUGUCGAAUUGAAAAAGAGCCAAGCGAAAAUAAUUCUUCUUUACGCCACAACUGCUGAGGCCAGAACUAUUUUUGAGAGGGCAUCGCCGUUAGGAUUAACCUCAGAGAAGUAUCUGUGGAUUGGGACACAAUCCGUUCGCGGCACUCAAACAGCGGUGACUCAUGGUCAUGCGCAGCCGGGAAUGUUAUCCGUAAAUUUUCACACAGUAUCCAACGCGAUGUUCGCACCACGUGACGACGUCCUUCCACUUAUUAUCCAGCUAGCACCUAAGUUGUUUGGUGCCGCUCUACUUUUAUUACCAGCAAAUGAGACAAUGUCACUGCAAUCAACCGCCUCCUGCAGUGAAGAGGAUGGGCCUCCAAGUUGGGAUGACGGCGGGAAGAUCUAUGAGUUGAUGAAACAAGCAUUCGUAAAAGGUAAUCCAUUCCACGUUGAUGACGGUCACGACUCCUUCUUCUACACCUUCGACAAAUUCGGAAAGUUGAAGAACUCGAUGCUUCGGAUCUCAAAUCUGAGAAAGAAUCCGAAAGGAGGACUUUAUUGGGACAAGGUUGGAAUGUUUACCAACAACGAGCUGCGCAUGGCUGAUGUUGAAUGGCCAGGUGACAAAGCGAACCCACCACAAGGAACUGCUGAUAAGUUUCACGUUAAGGUUGUCACCUUACACGAACCACCGUUCAUUAUCGUUUCCGACGUCGACCCGGACACCGGUAGGUGUCCUGGAAAUCAAGGGAGUAUCUGUGAUUGGAGUGAUGAGGAGAUCGACACCCCUGGAGGAGGAAAGCAAAACCGCACAUUAUGGAAAUGCUGCUCGGGUUACUGCGUUGAUCUACUGAAUAAGCUAGCGAACGACAUCGGCUUCACCUAUACUCUAUACAAAGUACGAGACGAAAAAUGGGGUUUAAAAACGGAAACUGGCUGGAACGGACUUAUCGCCGAUCUCAUAAAUAACAAGGCGGACAUGUGCGUAACUUCAUUGAAAUUGAACUCUGAACGAGCUCGAGACAUCGAUUUCUCAUUGCCGUUCCUCGAGACCGGUAUCGCAAUCAUUGUGAAAAUCCGAAGUGGAGUGCUCUCGCCGACAGCAUUCCUUGAGCCAUUCGAAUAUUCGACAUGGGUUGUUAUACUUCUGGUUUCCAUUCAAGGAGCUGCUUUUGCCAUCUUCAUUUUCGAAUGGGUCAGCCCGUACUCGUUCAAUAUGAGCCGAUAUCCACCCCCAGACCACAAAUUUUCGCUUUGUCGCUCGUAUUGGCUAGUAUGGGCUACAUUAUUCAGCGCCAGCGUAUCUACAGACGUUCCGAAAUCGACUGUUUCCCGGUGCAUGGCUCUCGUCUGGGCCGCGUUUGGACUUACCUUCCUAGCGGUCUACACCGCAAAUCUUGCAGCUUUCAUGAUCACAAGAGUCCAGUUCUACGACCUCAGCGGAAUUCACGAUCCUCUGUUAGCGUAUCCGGCUGACCAUAAACCGCCCUUUCGAUUUGGAACCGUCGACGGAGGUAACACGCAUGAGACUAUGAAAAGAAAUUGGAAGAAGAUGCUCACCUACGUCCAAAAGAACCGCUUCUUUCGCGAUAACAUCUCAGCUGGCGUAGAAGCGGUCCGAAAUGACGAAUUAGAUGCAUUCAUCUACGAUGCGGUUGUCCUCGACUACUGGGCGGGAAAGGAUGCUAACUGUGAGCUGAUGAUGGUUGGAAAAUGGGCGAGUAUGACCGGAUAUGGCAUUGGAUUCCCGAAAAAUUCACCAUAUACAGCGCUAGUUAAUCAGCACAUGUUGCAGUAUCAACAAAAAGGUGAUCUCGAACGUCUCGCUAACUUUUGGCUGACAGGUGCUUGCUCUCCGGAGAGCCACGGUCAGACGCAGUCCGCUCCUUUAGGAGUGGAAAACUUCCUUUCUGCUUUCUUCCUUCUUGGAGGAGGCAUUAUAUUUUCUAUUAUUGUGCUCGGUUGCGAAUUCUUCUUCGUGCGGCACUUACGUAAACCGCUUCAAAGGCUGGAUCCGAAAGGUUGGUGCGGAAUAAUUAGUAUGGCAAUGGGUAAAUCGUUAACGCUUCCUGAAGCAGUGGAUCGUGUCCAGGAAUGGCGAAGCAGAGCACAGUCGUUGGCAAGUUCCCAACAGUCCCCCGUUCUCAAACGUGGAUAUAGCGGGCUACCAAAACAGCCGCGGCCUUCUUGCAGACCGGAUUACAAAUCGAAGGGAAGGUUUCUCGAAGUCGAAACCAAUCUUUAG